AUGAACACUGAAUGCAGCAGUUACUACAACCCUGACGGAGUGUUUGUGGAGGCUUUCUCCUGCCCCAAGCCGGGUAAUGCUCCUUUUGCAGCGUACUGCUGUGGCUUUAAUGAUGUGAAGUAUUGCUGUGACGAUCCCAACAGUUUUUUCCCCUAUGAGUAUGGGUACAUGUGGUGGCUGAGUAUCGGUGCUCUGGUGGGUCUGUCAUUUGCGGCAGUGGUCCUCCUCGCCUUCCUCAUCACUGUAUGUGUGCUCUGCUACCUCUUCAUUGCCAUCAAACCCAGUCGCCUUGACAACGGCCUACCCCUCAGAGCUCCAGCAGGAGAUCCCAGUGAGGGACCCAGUAACCUGAGAGUGACCAGUGGCUUUGGUCCACAAGGAUUCAGAAAACACUUGAUGAGCAGGAGAGUAGACUCUGACAAUGAACCGACAGACCCCGAGCGCUUGUUCCAGAAGUGUUUUACAGCUACAGUUACUGGUGUGAAAGUGGAAAGUCCCUCAUAG